AAUAUAUAAAGUAUUAGAAUUUAUAAUAUUCAUUUUUAAAUAAAUUUAAACAAUAUUAGAAUGUCUUUAGAAUCUUCGAAAAGGCAUCCGCCUUUAGAUGACGAAACACUAAAAUAUAGUUCAUUGUCAACCAAACGCCAAGCUGUAUUUGAUAAAACUGAAUCUACUGAUGAAACACAAGUUGUGACUUUAAGAGGAAUCAUUUCUGGGCGAGAUGCUAUGGCAAUUGUUGAAGAAAGUGGAGAAAAUAUAACUCUUUUGCAAGAAAAAACAGGAGCUCGGAUAUUCUUAACUGAGAAUGUUCUUGGAUCUGUUGAAAGAAUUUUAACAUGUAUUGGGGCUCCAAAAUCAGUUGCCAAAGCUUUUUCACUUGUUCUCCGACUUUUGCAUAGUGAAGAUUUAGAUUCUGUUUUAAUAUCUAAUGAUAAACCUCGAAGAGUUAGACUGGCUAUUCCUCAUAUCUUUAUAGAGCCUUUGAUUGGGAAGCAUGGUUCCCGUAUUAAUGAAAUUCAAAAAAUAUCUAGAGCACAUAUAACUGCUUCAGACAGUCUUCUUCCAUUAAGUACUGAAAGAACAUUAGUUAUAUAUGGUACUGAAGAUGCUAUAUAUACUGCUAUUUUUCAUGUUUCAAUAACUUUAAUUCAACAAGCUGAUCAUAUAACAAACUUGCAAACAUGCUUGUAUAAUCCACUAAGUAUGCAUGGAGGUUAUGGUCAUCCAGCAACUUUUCAGAAAGUUUCACUUAAUGACACCAUGAUAACACCAGCGAAUCCAUAUGGAAUUGCACCAAAUGCUAUUACACAACAAAACUAUCAAAUGUCUAGUUAUACACCUGCUGACCCUCAAGCUGUAGCAGCAUAUAAUAUCCAACAGCAAAAUCAAGCAAGCUCACAUACUACUAAACAAGGACAAUCACAGCAGCUACAACAACAAACACAGCAAACACAGCAAACACAACAAACACAACAGUCAUCACAAGCUGCUCCUGGACAACCAAUUACUCAGCAGAUAUUUAUUCCAAAUGAUAUGGUUGGGGCAAUAAUUGGCAAAGGAGGAACAAAAAUUAAUGAAAUUCGCCAGCUUUCUGGUUCCCAUAUAAAGAUCAAUGAGCCUGCAGAUAACUCAGCUGAAAGAUUAGUAACCAUAACAGGGACACCUGAAUGUAAUCAAAUGGCCUUGUAUAUGCUUUAUUCUCGCUUAGAAAAUGAAAAGGUAAGAAAUUAUUUACAAUACUAAUAAAUUCAUUUUAAUAUGUAAAUAUAGCAU